GGGGCUUCUGCUGCCAGAAGAAAAAUGUUAGUUGGACCAGUUGCUUGGCACGGGAGUGACGUCAAGAGGAGGUCUCCCUUUAAAUAACAAACUCUGGGAAAAGUUUCUCAGUGAAGCCUUGCGAACUCGAAACCUGCGGUGUCGGAUUACAGCUCUCUCUGGCUUUGAACCACUUUCUGGGCAGCCAUGGGAGACUGGAGCUUCCUGGAAAAACUCCUGGAUGAAGUACAGGAACACUCAACCACCGUGGGCAAAAUCUGGCUGACGGUGCUGUUCAUCUUCCGCAUCCUGAUCCUGGGCACGGCGGCUGAGUAUGUGUGGGGGGACGAGCAGUCAGACUUCAUCUGCAACACGGCACAGCCGGGCUGUGAGAACGUCUGCUACGACAAGUCCUUCCCCAUCUCUCACAUCAGGUUCUGGGUCCUGCAGAUACUCUUCGUGUCCACCCCAACCCUCGUCUACCUGGGCCACGUUUUGCACAUCAGCAGGAAGGAAGCCAAGCUCAGACUGAGGGAGGAGAUCCUGAAAUCUCAUCAAACCAAAGACAGCCAGGACAAGCUGGACCUGGAACAGAUUGAAAGGAAGAAGCAAAAGUACAGCAUCGAUGAAACAGGAAAGGUCCACAUUAAGGGGGCGCUGAUGUGGACCUACACCCUGAGUAUCAUCUUCAGAAUGUUUUUUGAGGUCAGCUUCUUGCUGGGACAGUGGUACUUGUACGGCUUUACAAUGUCGCCGAGCUACACCUGCCAGCGAUCUCCGUGCCCGCACAAGGUGGAGUGCUACCUGUCGCGCCCCACCGAGAAGACCAUCUUCAUUCUCUUCAUGCUCGCCGUAGCCCUGAUCUCACUCAUGCUCAACCUCCUGGAGAUGCUGCACCUGGUCGGCAAGUGUCUGAUGAGGAGCAUCCAGCAACGGCCCAACAAGCAGUUGCAGGAGAAGAUGUACAGCCCCCCCGAGAGCCCAUUCAAUGGCAAUGUCUCCGUGCCCAUCAAUUACAUGUACCCCUCGGUGGAGGGAAGGCACCCUUCGUGCCAGGGAUACAAGACAUCCACCGAACAGAACUGGACAAACUUCACCACCGAGCAGAGACUGGCUGAGCAGAAGCUGGGCAGCCCCCCGAGCCCCCCGAGCCCCCAACUGCAGACAUUUUCCUUCCUGGACUCGGGCAUGGAAAAGGCAGAACCCGACCCCCCCCACAGCCACCGGGAGCUGAGCCGCGCCAGCAGCCUGAGCAGCAGCAGGAGACGGCAGGGGGACAUCACAGUCUGAGCUGUGCGACAGCGAACGGACAGCGGCUCCGGGCUGUGGCGGGCAGACAGUGCGGGGGGUGUUCCCGGGGGGGUGGGGACAGAGACCAGACAGGCAAAAGGCCCCUCUCUACCCGAGGCUGGUGAUCUGGUGAUGUUUGCUCCUGUGAGUGGCUUUCGCAGCCCUGAGGGGACGUUUCUCAAACUCAUCCUGACAUCCACAUCCUGGAGGUGACAUUCCACUGCGGUUUGACACGAUGCUGAACCUUGAACCCUGGGCUCUGCAACAAAACCGCUUCACUAAAAACUGGAUAAAAACUUCCCUUGUUUCCCGGGGGGAAUAUCCAACUCAGUCAAACCAUGGAACAGAUCCCAUCAAUUACUUACAGACUUUAUUUAAUUUAUCUUUCCAACCAAUAACCAUUCCCAUAGUACAAUGUCGCAUUGAUAAACAGUGAAACAUAGAAACAGGAGGAGG